GUACAAACACAGUUUGGAUCGAAGCAACAUUUGAUUUUAAACGCAACAGACGCGGCGGACACAAUCUUCUUUACCACGGCUACAUGUACACUGCAGAACGAAGAUAUAAUUCUACUGUAAACUGGGUAUGCAGUAAAAAUAGUAGCCAUAUACUGCGCUGUCCGGCGCGUUGUGUGACCGCUGGACAGAAUAGCAUUAAAUUAAGUCGUAGGUCUCAUAAUCAUUCGCCAACUCGCUAAAGAAAGUGUUUUGACUUCUAAUUAUCUAAAUAUAUUGUUCCUUUCAAGUAAACACGUGUUUUUAAAAUAUUAAUUCCAUUUUUAAUAGAUGCAUUGAGAAUUUAAGCUUAAUGUUUCUUGAAUUAAUUGCAUUACCGUACAUUCGUAGUUAAUGCAUUACUUA